CGGACGUGUUCCAGAGCGCUUCAGGGAUGUGUGAGGCGACAGUAAGGGUUACGUGUAUCACUCUGGCUCCUCCUCCGCUCGCUUUACGUCAGCUGUCUCUUUCCGGCUCAAGAUGGCGCCUCCCAUGCCGCUUCUGGCAGUCAGAGGAUCUGAUGGAAUCCAUAUGCUCCAGGGGCCCCCCAAAAUAGCAGAAUUUGAUUUAUUUCAACGAGACUGCAGCAAAAGUUGCAAAGUAAGCACUUUUAGCAAGGAUGGGAAACUCUUUGCAUGGUGCAAUGGAGAAGUAGUAAAUAUAGUGAGCACGGCUGAUGGCAAAUCGCUGCACACCUUUGAUCUGCCAAAAGUAGUUGCCCUUGAAUUCUCUCCAAAGAACACAAUCCUGGUAACAUGGCAGACAUAUACCACUGGAAAAGAUGGCACAGCCGGAGUGCCCAACCUCCAGUUAUAUGACUUAAAAACAGGAAAGUUGGUGAAAGCAUUCAUCCAGAAGAAGAUGGAAAACUGGUCUCCUCGCUGGUCUGACGAUGAGAAGAUUUGUGCGAGGAAUGUAAAUAAUGAAGUGCACUUCUUUGAAAACAACAAUUUCGAUACUAUUGCAAAUAAAUUGCACUUACAGAAAGUCAGUGAUUUUGCGUUGUCUCCUGGAGAACAUCCCUGCAAGGUGGCAGUAUAUGUCCCUGGAAGUAAAGGCGCCCCAUCUUUUGUGAGGUUGUAUCAGUACCCCAAUUUCACUGGCCCUCAAUCUGCCCUCGCUAAUAAAAGUUUCUUCAAAGCAGAUAGAGUAAAUAUGCUGUGGAAUUCAAAAGCCACUGCAGUACUAGUGACUGCCAGCACCGACGUAGACAAAACUGGAGCCUCUUACUAUGGCGAACAGACGUUACAUUACAUUGCAGUUAAUGGAGAAAGUGCUGUUGUACAAUUACCAAAAAAUGGUCCAAUCUAUGAUGUGGUAUGGAACAAAAAUGCAACAGAGUUCUGUGCUGUCUAUGGUUUCAUGCCUGCCAAAGCCACAAUCUUUAACCUCAAAUGUGAUCCAGUAUUUGAUUUUGGCACCGGCCCUCGGAAUGCUGCUUUCUACAGCCCACAAGGACAUAUUUUGGUUCUGGCUGGUUUUGGUAACUUGAGAGGACAAAUGGAAGUGUGGGAUAUGAAAAAUUACAAACUUAUUUCAAAACCAACAGCUUCUGAUGCCACGUUUUUCUCCUGGUGCCCUAAUGACGAGCAUAUUGUUACUGCCACUUGUUCCCCAAGAUUACGAGUUGGAAAUGGAUAUAAGAUUUGGCAUUACACUGGCUCUAUAUUAUAUAAAUAUGAUGUGCCAAACAACACAGAACUGUGGCAGGUGUCCUGGCAACCCUUUGUGGAUGGAGUCUUUCCGGCAAAACCAAUUCUUUACCAGCCUGUGGCUGGAGAAAUCCCAGCUGAGGAGAGCAAACCGGCCCAAGCAUACAGGCCUCCUGCCCUUAGGAAUAAGCCAGUGACUAGUUAUAAACUGCAUGAAGAUGAGCCCCCACAGAGUACGAAGCCCCAGUCGGCUGACAAGCCAAUGUCCAAAACGGCACUAAAGAACCAGAAGAAGAGAGAAGCAAAGAAAGCUGCUAAGCAGGAUGCCAAAGCAGAGGAACCAUCUGAACCAGUCUUGCAGGUUAGCCAAAACAAUGCCCCAGCCUCUGAAACAACUGGAGACCCCGAGACUGAUAAAAAGAUUAAGAACGUGAAAAAGAAACUGAAAGCUAUUGAACAACUUAAAGAAAUACAAGCAUCUGGCAAGACCUUGGAAAAGAACCAGAUUGAGAAGAUCCAGAAGGAAGAUGCUCUUCUGAAGGAACUAGAAGAUUUAGAGCUUGGAGUGUGAAUAGAUAUGAAAUAACUACAGUUACUGAGAAAUAUGAUGGACAUACUAAAUCUUGAUUUGGAAACAAAAGGAUUAAUGGACAUUUGUUUAAACUUUUAUUUUAUGUUGGAUUUACAAUACAGACAUGCCAACCACACUGGGAGUGAAGAGUUUUUAUUAUACUUAAGGAAAUGCUU